CCUCAGUGGAGGAGGAGGAGUACUGCAUUAUUUACAGGGAAGUGAAACCACUAGUAACCUUUAAUAACAAAGUCUAGUUCGUGCAAAAACACACACGACAGAGCUGCGCUUCCACAUUCCAGCAGACUCUCCUCUCCUCUAAAUAUGGCCUCAGCCAGUGGGUUCCUGUCUGAAGAUCAGUUCAUGUGCUCCGUCUGUCUGGAUUUCUUCACCGAGCCCGUUUCUAUCCCAUGCGGGCACAACUUCUGCAAGGCCUGUAUCAGCACGCACUGGAAAGGCAAAGAGCAGUGUGAGUGUCCGCUGUGCAAAGAGAAGUACAGCAAAGGACUCAAGCUCUGCGUCAACACCGGUUUCAGGGAGGUGGUGGAGAACUUCAGGAAACAAAGUGUCUCAGCUAAUAAUGAUGUCCUCGUCAAAGCGGGACAGGUGCCAUGUGACCACUGCACUGGCAAGAAGCUCAGAGCCUCGAAAACCUGUUUGGUUUGUCUGGCCUCUUUUUGCGAAACACACCUUGAGCCUCACCGGAGAAUCGCUGCAUUACAGAAGCACAGACUGGCCGAUCCUUUGCAGGACCUGGAGAGCAAUGUGUGCAAGAAGCAUAACAGGAUGUUAGAGCUCUUCUGCAGGGAUGACUUGACCCGUGUUUGUGUCCAGUGUACAGAACAUAAAGCUCAUGAUAUGGUCCCUUUAGAGAAGGAGUACGAAAAGACGAAGGCUCAGCUGGAGCAGAAGAAGGAGGAAGUGCAGGAGAUGAUUCAAGAGCGACAAAGGAAGGUCCAGGAGCUAAUAGAUGACGUGGACAUGAGGAGGAAACACAAAGAUGAAGCAAAGGUGAAUAGUUCUCAGGUUUUCUCCACUUUUUUAGUGUCUUUUGACAGAGGCCUGCAUGGGCUGGUGAGGGAGCUUGAGGAGAAGCAAAGAGCAGCAGAAAGACAGGCUGAGGUUCUGGUCAAAGAACUGGAGAGAGAAAUCACAGAGCUCCAGAAUAGAAUCACUAAGCUGGAGAGCAUCUCACACACUGAAGACCACCUCCAGCUCAUCAAGCGCUUCCUGUCCUGCUCCUCCUCCCUCCCACGCACCAAGAACUGGUCUGAUGUCAGUAUCAGCGGCCAGCACCGUGUGGAAGAUGUCAAGAGAGCGCUGACAGAGCUGGAGCAGACGCUCGCUAAAGAGGCGGAGCGAGCUAGUCGGGAUUUCAAGGUUAGUUGUGAUAAAAUCAUCGGUGAACAAACGGAAAAACGGGUCUACACAUGCAUGGACCUAGAGAUGCUGCCCGAAGGCACAAAGUUGGAGGUAAUCCGGCAGCGAUUUGAGGUUGACAUGACAUUUGAUCCUUGCACUGCAAGUGAUCUGCUCGUGUUUUCAGAGGAUUUAAAACAAGUACAAACUCCUCAUGUAGUGUGGAUUUCAAAUAUCCCGCAGAAGUUCAACAAAUAUGCCUACGUGUUGGGAAAUCAGGGCUUGUCUGAAGGCAGAUUCUACUAUGAGGUGCAGGUCGCAAGGAAGACCGGAUGGGAUUUAGGAGUAGCUAGAGAGUCGGUGCGUGGGAAGAAGAAAAUCAUGCCUAACCCGAGGGAGGGAGUCUGGACCAUUAGAUUGAGGAACAGCAACAAAUACUCGGCUCUGAAAAAUGUCUCCGUCAACCUCCGAUUGAUGAACAAACCAGAGAGGAUCGGGGUGCUUGUGGAUUAUGAGCAGGGGCUGGUGUCCUUCUAUGAUGUGGACACUUCAACUCUGAUCUACUCUUUCACUGGUUGCACAUUCAAUGAGAAAAUCUACCCAUUCUUCAGCCCCGGUCUCCCUGAGGAUGGUAUAAAUGGUGGCCCCCUGGUCCUCUCACCAGCCCCCCUCAAAUCCUCGACCGCAAUAGAAGGAGAAUCAACAACGCAGAAAACAGACAAAUUUUAUGCCGCGAUUAUUUUUCUUGUUGUUGUGUUCUUUCAUUUCAUUGGGUGGAUGUGAAUCAUUAAAUAGAGUGGGUUGUCCACUAAAAAGGUUGAUGGUUUGAUCCCCGGCUCCUCAAUUAUGUGUACCAAGUGUCCAUGGUCAAAAUACUGAGGCCAUAUUGUACCUCAGAGUUUGUGUCUGUUUGUAUUUAGUGAGUAGACUAGUCAGACUUGAUUCUCUCCACUUCUGGAGAUCAAGUAGCGUAUAGUUGUGCUCAACCUAAAUUAAUAAGGAAGAAAGUUUUGGCAGCCAACAGCUUCAUGUAUUGUGCGUCUUUUUAUUCAAUCACUCACCGUAGUCAGACUAUAAACAGGGACCACAUGACAGACGUUGAAAACCCAUUGACCCGUUAUAUUGUCAAACGAUAGACAAUGAGUUUUGAGAUUGACAGAUCUGUAGAGUGUUGUAAAUUAUUGGGAAUACUCUCUUUCUCUUUACAUGCUGUUUUUUCUUUUUUUUUACAUAACGUUGCAUAUUUUUACCCAUACCUUACCGUGUAUUUCUUUUGAUCACACUAAUCAUGUUCCUUUAACAAAAUCUUUCAAAUCCAAUGUUACAGUUUUCCCCAAUGGUGGAUGUACUUAGAGACAGGCAGGUAUUGGGUCUCCUUCCAGUCACAAACUCAUCUGACCCUUCAUCAUGACAAUAUCUUGUAAACAGACAAUAUCUAACAUGUUAUUCUGACUUAUUAUGCAUGCUUUCUAAUGUGGUGAAUUAGCUGUCUUUGAUUACAAAUUUACAUAAAGUUUUCCUUUGAUAACAAA